AUGUUCCCUUCUGUGAUAAGAGUGAUAUCUGCAAUUUUAUUUAUUAGUUGCCUUUUUUCCCCAACAAAUGGCUUGGAUAGAAAGAUAUCAGCUCAUUUAAAUCCAGGAUGUCAAGGUUGUUCAUCAAAUACUACAACUCUAGUGUAUAUACGUGGUGAAGGAAAGUCUGAUGUCUUACAUCAGAUUUGGGAUUUUACUAAGCACCUGCCCACUGUGUUGCUCUCUGUUGGAAGCUUAAAUACAUCAUUAAAUAUUCAGUGGGUUGAAAAUAAACCAAUAUAUUUUAAUUGGACUGAGAAGCCAUGGUAUACUUUUGCUGCCACUAUUGACAAAUUAUAUGAAUAUGAUGACAUACAUGACACUGGGUACAUAAACCCUCAGUAUCCUCAAAGGGAAUACAGUCUUAACCGAAUUUCGUGGGAGCUUCAAGAGAGUAUAUUGACAAACAGUGAGGCUAUGGUGCAUGUGACAGGAAAAAUUCGUAACAGAAAUAAUAAUGAUGCUCUUAUUAGUAUUAAGCUGGAUCUUCUACCAUUUAAAGACUAUGCGGUGGAACUGCCCCACUUAAUACAUACAGCCAACUCAACACUUAUAGAUGUAAGCUUGGUUAACCUUACAACGUCAUUCAAUGCCUCAAGAUACGCGCUCCACUUUGUCUUAGCUAGUACGGACAAACCAACUGAUACAAUGCACUAUAUAAUGCGCAAAAGUUUGGAUGAUGAACAUACACCUGGAGUCUUUGAGAUAAUAGAAAUUAAAACGCCAUCGCUCUAUGACACUGAGGAAGGUGGAUACCUACAGUUUCGUCCUGUGAGCUACACGUCGCCAAAACGCAAUGUUGCCAGUUCAACCAUUGCGCACGUAUCCCAAUUUAACCGAACGAUUAUGCCACGUGACAGCACGCUAAGCUUAUUCUUCAAAGAGGCCCAGAUGAUUCUAGUACAAGACAUGUUUGUCUCGUUCGGUGAAAGCGGGGAUGGAUACUACAAGCAACAUAACUACACUGCUUGGUCUUAUACAAUGGGCUAUGGCACACCUCCUGUAGACGGAUUUUCUUUCUUCGUAAUCCUCAUUAUUUCAAUCGGCCUUGGAGUACCAAUAGUGUUGGCCCUCUCUGGUGUUGCCUUUGUGCUGUUCCGGAGGUAUAGGCAGACCAACACUCGUACGAGAUUCACCAAUGAGGACUGA